UUUCUUCUCUCUCGCUGCCUCUGACGGGACGCAGGAAGGAGUCGUGGGAUCUGGAUGGCUCUGGAAUUAAGGAACCCUGUUUACUGGCGGUAUUGUUUGGGAAAACAUUGAACAUUUUUCCUGAAGGAUGAUUUAAUGCUGACCGCAAAGCAUCCGGUUGGAUAAACUUACAAAUAAAGCGACACGAAGCUGAAACUUUUUUCUUUAUUUAGGUGGAAAGUUGAAUCAAAACCCUGAAGAAGGAAAAUAUAUAUAUAUACAUAUAUAUAUUAACAAAUAUAUAUAUAUAUGUUUAUUUUUAAUAUUUUUGUUUAUUUAUUUUUUGCGCAAUGAUGCGCUGAUUAGAAAGGGCUGAAAGUUCUUGAAACACUUCUUGGAAAGUUUUUUUCUUCCUUUUUUUGUGGCGCACUUUAAGAUAGAGAAGGGAUCGUUGGGUUUUGAUCCGAUGGGGGCCGCGCCGGGCUCGGGCUGGGAGGAGGGCGAGUUCGAGUUCAAGUUGGUGUUUGAGGAGGACCAGCCUCAGCGGCAGAUCCAGGGGCCCACCCCGGCGCGCACUGCCGAGCCAGAGAGCUCCGUCUCCGGGGAAGAGGAAAAUGAUGGCGCCCUGUUGCGGCUGGACUCCAACAAUCUGGGUACAGACAACCACUUAGCCAUCAGUCAUGCAGGACAAUCAAUCAGCAUCCCCAGCCCGCCGCCUUCAUCCAAUCAGCGAGCAGGGAUGCAUUCGCCGCCUCCCAGACGUGCUGCAGUCAGAGAGUUCAGCGGCACCUAUGAAAGCCUGCCAGCUCGCUCUGUGCAGGUUUCAGAGUCGUGUGUGGUUGAAUGCCCCAGUAUCCAGAUAACCACCAUUUCACCAGAAGAUGACCCAGCACCAACUAUUGCCAGCUACUGGGACACCAGCAGCAGUGGUGGGUGGGACAGAGAGCGCCUCUACCUCCCCCUGCUGGACCCCUUUUCUUACCGCGACAGGUUCCCUGGCUCCCUCAGCCCCAGCCCCGCCUCCAGCCCUUCAUCCAGAGGCUGGCUUAGCCCCGCUUCCAGCUGCGACUCCCUGCUGGUGGAGGAAGAGGAGCUCAAUGAGGCCACCAUUAGUUUUGGACUUUCUCCCUCCUCCAGGCCUACUUCUCCUGGGGGUAAAAAGCGCAGGAACUCUCCUUUAGCUUCCCCCUGCAUCUCACGGCGAAGCAGUUACUCAGAGGACCUGCAGGGGUGUAACCUCGAAGGUGGAGAGUCUACCUCCCAGUCUCAAGCUCUGCCCAGCCUCUGUGAGCUAAACAUCCCGCAGAAAACCAGGAAGACAUCACUGGAGCAGUUGUCUCCCAGAGAGGGGGAUCAGGAACAGGGACCGGGCCGAAGCUCCCCCUGCCCGCUGCCGGAGACCCAGCAGACCCGGAGGGAGCCCCCAUCCGUCGGAAUGGACUACCUCCCUGUGCCUCCUGCUCUGGCCUGGGGCAGAACCAGAGCUAGUGCCCACAGUCCUCUAUUCAGGUCUAAUGCUCUGCCUCCACUGGACUGGCCGCUACCAUCCCAGUUUGACCAGUUCGAGCUGCGCAUUGAGGUGCAGCCCCGCCCACACCAUCGAGCUCACUAUGAGACGGAGGGCAGCAGAGGUGCCGUCAAAGCAGCACCGACAGGACAUCCCGUUGUCAAGCUGUGUGGAUAUACAGAGAGGAAGCCACUGUCGCUGCAGGUCUUCGUCGGAACAGCUGACGACCGCUCAAUCAGGCCACACCCUUUUUAUCAGAUACACAG